AAAGCCAAGAUGGCGGCUGCUGGAGGCGGCGGCGAUUUGGACGCGGGAGGCCACGGCGGCCCAGAUGGCAACCUCCUGGGCCUGGAGGGUGAGGCGGGGCCAGACUCAGAGCCUGACUCGGAGGUGUUUUCCUGUGUGGCCCAUUGCUCCGACCUGGCCUGCCGGCAGAACGAACAACGACGGUUAGGCCUCUUCUGUGACGUCACGUUAGCCUUCGGUGGCGGCAGCAACGGUGAGGAGAGGAAGGUGGGCGGGGUCUCUUGCCGCUCCGAUCCCCCGCCGCGAGAGUUCCGCGCGCACCGGUCAGUUCUUGCAGCAGCCACCGAAUACUUCGCUCCUCUGCUCUCGGGUGACUUUGCGGAGUCCCGCUCGGGUCGCGUAGAGUUACGAAAAUGGAGUUCGGAAGCGGGACCAGACCCGGAGACGGUCGAGGCGGUCAUCAGCUUCAUGUACACGGGGAGUGUUCGUGUCAGUCCUGGCAACGUGCACGAGGUUCUAGAGCUGGCCGACAGGUUCUUACUAAUACGUUUAAAAGAGUUCUGUGGGGAAUUCCUCAAGAAAAAGCUGAGUCUCUCCAACUCUGUAGCCAUUCAUAGCUUAGCUCAUAUGUACUCUUUGAACCAGCUGGCUUUAAAAGCUGCUGAGAUGAUCAGGAGGAACUUCUACAAAGUCAUCCAAGAUGAAGAGUUCUAUACUUUGCCAUUUCACCUUAUUAGAGACUGGCUUUCAGAUUCAGAAAUCACGGUGGAUUCAGAAGAAGUUCUCUUUGAGAUGGUUUUAAAGUGGGUGCAGAGAAAUCCUGAAGAAAGAGAAAAGUACUUUGGAGAGCUCUUUAAGCUUCUCCGGCUAUCACAAAUUAAACCAACUUAUUUGACUCGGCAUGUAAAAUCUGAAAGGCUUGUAUCAAGCAAUGAAGCUUGCCUCAAACUUGUGUUGGAAGCAGUGGAAAGCCAUGCUCUCAAGGGUGAGAAUUUUCAGUUGGGUACACUCCAACAAGUUAACUCUCCCAUCUCAACUCUGCCUCGCUUUGGACAAAACAUGGAUGUUAUCAUGGUCAUUGGUGGUGUGUCUGAGGGAGGUGAUUAUUUGAGUGAGUGUGUGGGGUAUUUUAUUGAUGAAGAUAGAUGGGUGAAUUUACCGCACAUACAUAAUCAUCUUGAUGGACAUGCUGUGGUAGUAACCGAAUCCUAUCUUUAUGUGGCAGGUUCCAUGGAGCCUGGCUUUGCCAAGACCAUGGAAAGGUAUAACCCAAGUCGAAAUGUUUGGGAGCAGGUUUCCAAUCUGAUAACCAGGAAGCAUUCUUUUGGCCUUACUGAGGUAAAGGGAAACCUGUAUAGCAUUGGUGGGCAUGGGAAUUUUAUCCCUGGUUUUAAAGAUGUAGCUGUCUACAAUCCUGAUCAAGAUAAGUGGCACAACUUGGAGUCUGCACCAAAGAUACUCCGGGAUGUUAAAGUGAUUACAAUAGAUAACAGAUUUGUUUACAUGGCAGCUCGCACACCAGUUGAUGGAGAUAAUGAAGAUGGCUUAAGAUCUGUUAUUAUUCGCUAUGAUGCAGAGUCACGACAGUGGCGAGAUUGUGAAUCUCUGCCACUGCUUGACAACUAUUGUUGCUUCCAAAUGGUUGUGGGCAACACCAACUUUUACCACACAGCUUCAUGUUGUCCCAGAAGCUAUCCUGUAGACCAUGAAGAGGUCAAGAGAAAAAUAUCUAACCAGGUAUCUGAUGACAUUCUGGAAAGUUUACCGCCAGAGGUUCUUAGCAUUGAAGGGGCAGCUAUCUGCUAUUACAAAGAUGAUGUCUUCAUCAUAGGUGGAUGGAAGAACAGUGAUGACACUGAUAAACAGUACAGAAAAGAGGCUUACCGCUAUUGUGCUGAGAAGAAGCGUUGGCUGUUACUCCCUCCUAUGCCCCAGCCUAGGUGCCGUGCUACAGCCUGUCACGUGAGAAUCCCCUUUCGGUCCUUACACGGUACCCAGAAAUAUCCAAUGCCGCAAAACCUAAUGUGGCAGAAGGACCGAAUCAGGCAAAUGCAGGAGAUACACCGACAUUCCUUAAGUUUGCGGAGGAUGCCUCGGUCUCAGAUAGAAUGCUAGCUUGAAUAAAUGGAAUCAGAAAUACCUGUCUGUAAUUGCCAUUCCUAGCAUGGUCUAAUAGUCACCUAAACUGCUUAAGCAUUGGAGAUAAAGCUUUCUUGGUGUUAAAUAUUUUGCCAGGAUUACAAGCAUUGCAAGAAAAUUUGGUUUAUACUAGCCAUAAAUAUGAAGAUGGGCAGAUUUAUAAAAUCCCUAGAUCCUGUUGGUUUCUCCAUGGAUGAGAUGCGGAUAAAGAAUCCAACAAAAGAAUUGUCCUUGCACUUUGUAGAUGUGUUCAGGUAGUAUAAAGAUUCAGCACAGCCUCUCUUUUUCCUUAACAGUUUUUGUAUUAGACCUGCUUUUUGUGUAUUGGAGCAUCUCAUUCCAUUUUAAACAUUAUAUAGGCCAUGUGAAGUAUUUCAACUUGUUUUAAAAUGCUGAUGUAUAUAUAAAGCAUCAUUUCAAGGUUUUCUUAAGACAUUUUUAUUUGCUUUUGCAGAAGUAUUUCCUCUUUUUAAUAUGAAAUUGCUGUGAAUCUGCUUAUUUCUUUCAAACUUGGAGACAUGUGCAAUAGUUUAAAAAAAAACCCUUUAUAAGAGGAGUAAAGCACAAUCUUUCUAAGAACUUCAAAAUGUUCCAUGCUUAUAAAUAUUUUAUAGUUGUAUUUAUCUAAAAGUAUUUGAGGUUGCUAAAAGAGUAUUAGUAAAAAUAGAUUUUACUUGUUGGAUCAUUCUCAGUCAUAUAAUGAAAGAUUUCUGAGUUGUUACUUUAAGGGCUUCAGUGUAAUUUUCAGUGAUGACCCUUCUAUUUUGUAGUAGUCCCAUUGAUUUCCCAUUAAUUUUAUUUAAAUGGUUCAAAAUUGUGGCCUUAAAGGAAUGAAUGAAAAGACCAAAAAGAUCCUAAUUCAUAAUUGAAGGAAUUGUGAAUUCAUCAUGGCAGGGAUAAAGCUGUAUGAACUCUGGGUGUCAAUAUUUGGGCAAGUAAGUCUAACUACCAUCUGAUCUGUCUUUGACAAUCAAAUCUCUUUGUCUUCAUGAUACACCAUUCCUUGUGUGGACAGUACUGAGUACUUGAGUCUUCAGUUGGAGUGGAAAGUUUGCCUGAACAAUUAUUCUUGACAGUAAGAAUCCACAUCCCCCAUGUCUUAAUUGUCUUUUGGCAGCAUGUAACAUUUAUUCUCACCCAGGAUAACUUGAGCUUAAUAUAAAUUAUUUGCUGCUUUCUCUCCACUCUCCUGGUAGCAAGCAGAUUCCUAUUUUAUUUAAAGUUCUGAUAGUUUUAUGGAAGAUACAGAAUAUGUUCAGAUGAUACAAAUGUAUUUUUAUUGGACCAAGGACUUUUUCAGUUUUAGAAAGUUACAGAGUUCUUCAGGCAGGCAAACUCUUGUAAAGCAUUUAUGCAAUAUUUAAUGUAAACUUGUUGGUGCAACAGAAUAUUUCAUUUUACCUUUAUAAAUUCUGUUGCAUUACAGAUAUAUGUCCCAAGGUGUCAAAUACAUUACUUGAUUUCCUGAGGCAGUUUUGUAAUGAAAAUUUCUUUGGCAUCAUUAUUACUUAUCUCCUACUUCCUUUCCUAAGAACCUAAAUAUAUUCACAGUACCCUGCCUCUAUAAAUGAUUGAAAUAAAUUACUCCAGCAACCAUCUAAUGAAACCAUCUUUGCCUAGGUAGAGUACCUCUUCAUCUCCCCUUCUCGCCUUGUGUCAGAAAUGGCAGUAAAUAAAGAUGUAGUGAUAGCAAUGUCUAAAGAAGUCUCAGGAAAAAUCAAGACCUGAUGCAUGUGGUCAUCAGAUGCUGUGCAAGUAGAAUCCUCAGAAAAAACUGGCUUUCUAAUAUAUAGAUAUUUUCUGAGAAGGAUCUCAAAUGGUUAACUUUAUCUAGAUCUACUUUUCUCAUAUCUCUUACUUUUUCUUCUCUUUUAACUAGUCCAGAUUUAUCCCUGAGAGCACUAAGAUGAGACAAGGAGAAGAAAUCAGUAUGGGAGAAAUCUGUAUUGGGCAAUAUUAUUAAUGGUGGUGUUUGAAUGGUAAAUAGUAGCAUCUUAAAUUUUAGAAAGCACUUUUUUUAAUUUAAAGAAAAGAAUGUUACAGACUGACCAAUACUGUUUUCCAAUUUAGCAGGAAGCCUAAUUCAUGUCUGAGAUACUGGGGUAAGUGUUUCAAUUGCAUGGAUGUGCGCAGGUUUUCCUAACUUAUCUUUGCCCUCCUAAUACUACUUUUUAUUAUAUAGUGGGAAUGGGGUGGGGGUUAAACUUGUGUGCUGAAGUAACUAUCUUGAUAUCAAAUUAAGACUAAUGUAGUCUUGUCCAACAAAGUCACAGACAUUAACAGUCCAAUAAUGCCACUUGCCUGCCUUAAAGAUACAUUAUUUGUACCAGCUGGUUUUUUAUGGUGAAAUAGUUGCUUCAGAAAGCUUUUUAUCUGCUGGAAAUCUUUUGACAUUCCAAAGCUGCAGGGCUCUAAACUCCCUUCCCCAAAACUAUUAGCAGAGGAACUAAUUAAGAAAUAUACAAUAACAUUAUCUAGCUUCAAGCGUGGACACAUUUGUGUGGAAAAUUUAAAAUUGUUUAAUUGGGAAUUGUAGUUUUUCCGAUCUUAGAUCUCUCAGCAUUCUCUUUAAUCACAAUUAAAGUGGAUUAAGCUUGUAGUAUAGAUAUGUCCCUAUUACCUAAAAUUAAACAUACAUUUGAAAACUUCAUAGUAGGUAUAUUUGGCCUUCAUUGCAAAUCUUUUGCUAAAUCACCACAAAUAAGUUAAUCUAUUGGCUGUACUAAUUAAAAUGCUUGCAAAACUGUUUAGUCUGGUAAGCUUUGUAUUUUAAAAUUAUAAGUCACUUUGGAUGUUGCUUGUGAAUGCCAGUCACUUAUAGCUGUUUAAAUACCUUGCUUGGAGAUUUCAAUUUGCAUGAAGAGUUAAGAACACUAGAGAGCAGUCGCAUUGUACAAUAUGCAGCAUCAAAUGUCAGAAUUUCUUAAUGUAGAGUCUGGAUGUUAGGCUACUAACUUGUUCCCCUGUUCUGAGUGCACAGCUCUGGGCUGCAUGCAAAAAUCUCUUAUCCUUAUUUAGUCAUGACAAUCUUGACAAAAUUGCCUUGUGGCAAAGGGAAAUCCUCCAACAGACUACAGAAAUAUUUCCAUUUGGAAAUAUUAACAAAUGUAGAUCAUCUUCCUCAGCAUACUUGAGAGUUCCAGUUAAAUAAAUGGGACUUUUGGCUGAGUAAAAAUAAUUAGAAAUGGGUUUUGUUGUUCCCUGUGACAAAGGAAAUUGCAGUUGAGAUGUUCAAAGACAGGCAGACAUCUUAGCUGCCUAGAGACUUCGAAGACAAUAAUCUUUUUUAAAUUGUUCUGAUUUUCUACUGACAGAAAGUAUUGUUCCACAAUCUGCCUUUUUCUUGUGAUGCUACAGGAGUAUGGUAGAUCUUUUUAUAAUGUCUAAGCUGACAUUAUUACUGGAGUAAUACUGUCUGAAGGCUAUAUUAAUAGGUACAUACUCUUUCUUUUCAUAUAUUUGAACUCCUGUUUUGUGUUUGAGUGUCUGUUUCACUAAGGCUCACCUUUCACAAUGAAGGUAAUCUGUAUAGUUUUGCCACAGAUAUCACAUUGGUUAUUGCUGUAACCUUUACCACAAAAAACAUUAUCAAAAAGAUUUUAAGUUAGUCAUUUUUUAACGGUGUGACAACAAGCAGUUGUCCCAUAGAGAAUGCCAUUGUUAUAAGUGCCUUCCAUCUUGGACACACAGUGGGCAAAUGACACUUGAUGUGGGAAGAGUGACUCAGGAGGGAGGUGGAGGGUUUCCCUCAUUUGCAGGAAACUUUGGAAGUAUCAGCUGUUCUGUAGAACAUUUUGCGGAUGUAUAGAAACAGUAGGUCUUAAGCCUAGUUCUCUCCCAUCAAUACUUUCUGCAAUUCAGGGAAGGGGUUUUUUGUUUACAAUGGUGGUAAAACUGUUAAUGACACAAAUUGAUGCUCAGCAGAUAAGCCAAGCUGAUGCUUGUGGACCUCUUAAUUUACUAUAAUACUGGCAUUUCACAUAGCAUGCCAAGCUAAAAUAGUGGUAUGUAUAUUCUUCCCUAAUUAUGGAACAUUUUUCUGAAAGCUAUUCUAUCAGUGGCAGGUUUGCUAUUACCAGCUUCUGGCCUUCUCUGAACCUGAAUAAAAUAGUAAAAAUAUAAAAGUUAGUUUUUUAUCCUAAGAGUUCAUAAUGGAUCAGGAAUCUGUAAGAUAACAUUCUGUUUCAUUUUUCUGUUGUGAUCCUGAUUUGCCUUGAUAUUGCUCCUCAAUAUUUUAAUAUUAAUAUCAAUAAAUUGAUAUUGAUAUUGCUCCUCAAUAAAUUGGUAAGGUCAGCUCUCAGACUGAAAUGCAGAUUUUCCCCCAGUUCAGGUAGAAUUCUCUAGAUGCUACGCUGGCCCCUAAACUUUAUUUUUUAAAAAUGCAAUUCAUUAUGUGCUGUAUUAUAGUUGUGUAACACUAAACACUAAUUCAAUAAACAUUUUAUUUCUCUA